CCGCCGCGUUAACCGUUUCAGUUGGGUUUCAAACGCGCACGCGUGCGGACGCCACAAGAGAGCAGCGAUUUGCAGCAGCAGAAGCAGCAACAGUAGUAGCGGCAGAGUAGCAGCGGCGAAAGAAAGCAGCAGCAGCAGCAGCGUUAGAAAGAAACAGGAAUCCAAAUCGGUGGCAAGAAGCAGAAGCUGAAACGGACGCCGAAUUAGAAAUGUUUACCAUUUAAGCCAGGCUUAAUAGAAAUACUCUCACGUACACUCUACCUGUGCUCUCACCCGCCAGCGCUCUCUGGCUCUCCUUUCUCUCACUCGCACCUGCUCUCGCGCAAACUCGACUCCGCUCUCCGUGUGGCCGGGAGUUAAAGUGAAAGUUUUCCACACAAAAGUGGCGAAGGUCCGUUAUCUUGGCCCCCGUUCGGGCCAACUUGCAAUCAGAAACUCAGACACACGCGGAGCGUUCAAUUGACCGGACGCUUGGAUCGGUCGAGGAUCGGUCGUGAAUCGGAAACGGAAUCAGAUAGCUGAGAUACUAUAAUAUAACCACCAUAUACUAACUAUAUGUGGUGCAGUGUGUUAGUGUUUUGGUGCCAGCAACUGUAAAUUCGCAGCUGACCAAAGAAAGCGGCCGAGUUAAAUACGCAAAGUGUUCAGCAGCGAUCGUCGCAGCAAUUAAAUCGCGUCUGAUCAGAAUCGGAAUCUCGGAACCCAGAGAUCCAGAUACAGUUACAACUUAUUUUCCACUCGACGCGCGUUCGUUGCCUAAGUCUUUCGUUUUUUUGCGCGCGCUCUUCUCCGUUGCAACAUUUGGCUUUCGCACUCGUUCUACCGAUUUGCGAUUUCAAAAUCUGGACAACCUGGGUGACGAAUAUUAAAGCCAGCUGGUACAUAAACUGCUGCCAGACGGUCUAGGCCAAGAUAUCCCCGCCAAGUGUCCGGCCGCCACCAGCAAACAUGUUUAAGUGGGUUACGCCGGCCUCAACGGCGACGUUGUCCCGCUGCAAAGCAACAACUGACAGCAACUGUAGAACAGCUACAGUAACAGAAACAACAACGAGAACAACAAAGCCACAACUACUUUCCAUCGCUUUAACAAGUUUAAUAAUAAUAGUCGCAUCAUUUGUGCCGACAACAAGUGGAUUUAGAUCAAUUGAAACGAAUGGCGGUGGUCGCAAACUGUUUGGUGGCUAUCGCAUCACCCCGAAGCACUGCCGUGCCACCAAGACCCUGCCCAGCUCCGAUCCGCGUGCCAAUGGACCCACUAUCUGCAUGUUCAACCACGAGUGCGCCCAACGGGGCGGCGAGGUGGUGGGCGCCUGUAUGGACGGAUUCCUGUUUGGUGCCUGUUGCCAGAUUCCGCCCACCCACGAGCUGGCCAGCACGCUGAUCAACGAAGCCCAGAACGCCUACUUCCAGCAGCACAAGCUCCAACAGGCAGCCGCCCAGUCCUCGUUCGAGAGCUAUGGUGGCCAGCAGGAGCAGCACCAGGAGCUGAGCGAUGAGCAGGUGGCGGCACAGCCCUCGCAGAACAUCUACGACCAGCAGAACCUGGACAAGGUGUACCAGCAAUUGGGUAGCAGCAGCACCAGCAGCAGCAACAUCAGUCCACCCAGCGGCGGCUAUGGAAAUGAACCCGCCCAGGAGCCGGAGCAGCCUCUAACCUACUCCAGCAGCACCAGCACAGGCACUUCCACAGAAACCGCUCAGUACCAGUCCUCCUCCGCAAGCUUGGAAUUCGAACAGGAGGCCUCGCAGCAAGCUGAUGCCUCCAAGGAAGCCAGCACCACCCAGAAGGUGGUAGUCAGCCAGCCCGUCCAGCCCCCCACUUUCCACGUCCACAAGCACUCUGUGACCAUCAAUUCACCCUCUUCCCCGCCCCAGAACGACGACUUCGUGAUGCAGGUGCUCAGCACCCUGCCGCCAGAACAUGCCGAUGACCACCGCGUCGUCUUCACCACCGAGGUGCCCACCAAAAUAGCCAGCGGCCUGCAGGACCAAACCAGCUCCGAGUCCAGCUCGUUCGAGGAGGUGUCUUCCACGGCGGCCACCCCUCUGAAGCCUAAGCCCAAGCCUGCCACUCAGAAGCCGAAGCCCAAGCCAGUUCCCCAGCUGGCCGAGAGCAUGAAGAGGCCCAUCCAGCAGGCCAAGCCUCAGCAGGUGGCGAAGCCCAAGCCCAAGCCUAGCCAGACUGCGGGUAAUGUCCACCACCACAACCACCUCAUUCUGGACGGAGGAGAGUUCACUCACAGCGACAUUACGCACCCCGGAGCUGAUGCCGAUCUGGUGGAGGAUCUUCAGUUCUCCACCGGCUACGGACCCCAGCCCGUUUAUGCCGAACCACCGAAGCAAGAGCCAGAGCCACAGCUGCCCGAGCAGAGCUACAUCUCCUCCAGCACCGCUGCCAAGCGCCCGACGACCGGCCAGAGUCCCACCACCAUCUCUUCAAUCACCACCCAUGUGGAUUCCAUCGAGUCCAUCAUCCUACAGCUGAACAACACCAGCCACGGACCCAGCUACAAUGUCGUAAGUCAGCAGACUCCCACCUACGGUUACCCAGUUUCGGGAGCUUCGCCAAGCGAGCCGGCCACCCAACCACCUAAUUUCUACCAGGAGAACGAGUCUGUGAAGGUUCAGGAGUCGGAGCAGCAGUCGGACUACGGCUACACCACGACAACCAACUAUGACUCCACCUACGACAAGGUAUCCGACGAGCAGGACACUUCUGCCGCCGGUAGCCAGUCUGCAGAGCAGCCCACUGCCCGCCCCGGCUACGGUGAUGAUGUGUCCGCCGUGCUGGAGGAUCACACAUUGCCAGCCACCAGCUACAAUGAUGCCAUGGCUCCUGCUCCUCCUCAGACCUCCGAGUUCAACAAGAUGCCCGUCAUGGGUAUUGCCUAUCCGGUGGAUAUGUCCUACAUUGAGGAGGAGGGCAGCUUGCCAAGUGCAUCAGAGAGUGGAGCGGGCUAUGGCCAGGUGAACAGCGACUCUUACGAGGCCAGCACGGAAUCCGGGUACCAGAAGCAGCCCUCCGUCCAGACGGAGCAGCCCCAUCCAGUGCCCACUUACGUCCGUCCCACCACGAAUGCCAACAACCAAAACCGCCCCGUGGCUUCAUACAUCGGAAUGGUGACCAUGUCGCACUACAAUCCCCAACCCGGAAAUACAGACUACAAUUCGCAGCUGCCCGCCGAGGUCUCCGUGUCCUCGCAUACAACCAAGGUGCAGGAGCAGUACGACGAGAGCUCCAAUGGCUACCAGCAGCCUUCGGAAACGACUUCUGGCUACAUUGCCUCUCAGCCCACAGCUCUUCCUGCAGCUGCACCUCAACGUCCCCAGUACGACGCUGUGCCGGAUGCACCAUCGGAGCGACCCGUAUUGGUAACGGCUAGACCCAAGCCCUCGACCAAGCGACCGGGACUAAAGAGACCCCUUAACGGAGAGAACACCAAGAAGAAGCCGCAACCGCAGAAGCAGCCACAGCUGGGUGGUUACAACCAGGAGAAGGUGGGCGAGCAGAACACUAGGAAGCCUCCAUCUGUGUCCGAGUCUCCUAUUACUCAUAUUCAGAUCAAAAAGCCAGCGGCCACUUAUCACAAACAAGAACAGGUUCAAUCUGGAUACCCAAGACCAGCUACUGGAGGAUACGAACAAACCACCGCUGCUGCUCCUGCUCCAGCUGCUCCCUCAUUGAACUACGACAAGCCCGAUGCACCGGCGACUCAGUUCGAUCAGCCUUCUGCUCCAUCCUCCGGAUACGACCAGCCGGCGCCGAUUCCCUCGCUGCACUACAAUGAGGAUCACCAGUCCAGCUCGCCGGGAAGGAAGCCAUCGACUGCCAAGCCCAUCGCCACCAGCUACGUGACUGGACCCAGCACCCCUCGGCCCUCGGCCAACGUGGACUACCACUACGACAAUGUGCCUCCGCUCUUCAUGGCGGAUGACAAGCUGGAUGCGUUCAUCCAGAGCACAGCCGAGAAUAUUGUGGGCUCCACUCCCGGCAACUACCAGCCUCCCUUGGUGGCCACCGCCUCCACCCCCGUCUAUGUUCAAAGGCCCACUAGCAGUGGAAGCUAUGGCCACAAGAAGCCCGGAUUUGUGCAGAUCAAUGGAACCCCGAAGCCACCACGUCCCACUGUGUUGAUUACACCCAAGCCCACGGCCAUCAACCUGGUUACUUACAGCACCCUCGGCGAGGACAGCAAUAAGCUGGCCUCCAGCACCAGUUCCUAUAUAACCGGAAGACCUGGAGCGGGCGUCAGCUCGAACGACUUUGAGGAUCCUGGCUACUUUGGCAGCAGUCCCGUACACUCGGCCUUCACCCAGUCCACCACGGAAGCCAUUUACGCCGUGCCCUCGGAUGACAAGCCGGCGUUCCCAGGAUACUUUGGACCCACGCCCUCGUAUCCGGCUUUCUCGGUGCCUGGCGAGAAGGUUGGCCAAAAUGUAAUGGAGGAGACGUACACAUCGCCGAACGACUUCGUCAAUUUCCCGCCAGUUCGGAAUCCGAACCUGAACAUGUCUGCCGCAUCCAGUGCUGUGACCAGCGACCUGGAACUGUCCACUCCAGCCUUCGUGGAGGAUGUGGUGCUGAAGGACAAGAUGCACACCCUGGUGCACAAGCUAGUGGCCUCGCUGCAGGGCAACUUUGAGGCUCUGGCGGAUAUGAUUGAGGAGCCGGGAAGCAACAAGACAGCUUCCACCUACCAGGCGGGAGCAGGAGCAAAGCCUGUGCGAGUAACCACCCGCAAGCCCGUUAGAGUAGCAACCACGACAAGGCCCAAAGUAACCACCAAGAAACCCGUGGUCACGCGAGUCUCCACCAAGGCUCCCAACAAGAAGACAUCCGCCACCAGUACAACCCGGAAGCCAGUGACCCGUCGCACCACCGUAGCCACCACCACUCGUAAGCCAACCACCAAGAAGCCAACUCGCCGGGUGAGCAGCACCGUUAAGCCCACAACGGAGAGCGCGGCCCGUCCCGCUGAUGACGAGAUCGUGGACGAGGAGGACGAGGAGGAUGUGAACCCGAAUCCCAGCGACAACGAGAUCGAUCAAGGCGCCCUUCUUAGCUCGUACGGAAGCAACGGUCGCAAGAUCCGUAAACUCGACUCUCGAACACUCCCCACUCCUAACCUCGCAUUUCACUCCCCAUCAACAGAGUGCGGUGUGCGGCCCCAUGUCAAGUCCGGCCGCAUUGUCGGCGGCAAGGGCUCCACCUUCGGCGCCUUCCCCUGGCAGGUCCUGGUCCGCGAGUCCACCUGGCUGGGCCUGUUCACCAAGAACAAGUGUGGCGGCGUCCUCAUCGCCAGUCGUUACGUUAUCACUGCCGCUCAUUGUCAGCCUGGAUUCCUGGCCUCGCUGGUGGCCGUUAUGGGCGAGUUCGAUAUCUCCGGCGACCUGGAGAGCAAGCGUUCUGUGACGAAGAAUGUGAAGCGAGUCAUCGUCCAUCGGCAAUAUGAUCCGGCCACCUUUGAAAAUGAUCUGGCGCUGCUGGAGCUGGACAGUCCAGUGCAAUACGACACCCAUAUAGUUCCCAUUUGCAUGCCAAAUGACGCGGCGGACUUCACUGGACGCAUGGCGACGGUGACCGGUUGGGGACGCCUCAAGUACGGAGGUGGUGUGCCUUCUGUUCUGCAGGAAGUCCAGGUGCCAAUUAUCGAGAACAGCGUUUGCCAGGAGAUGUUCCACACCGCUGGCCAUAAUAAGAAGAUUCUCAACUCCUUCCUCUGCGCCGGCUAUGCCAAUGGCCAGAAGGACUCCUGCGAGGGUGACAGUGGUGGUCCGCUGGUGUUGCAGCGUCCCGAUGGCCGGUACGAGUUGGCCGGAACCGUGUCCCAUGGCAUCAAGUGUGCGGCACCCUACCUGCCCGGCGUCUACAUGCGAACCACCUUCUACAAGCCCUGGCUGCGCAGCAUAACGGGAGUGAAAUAAGAAGGACGGUCCUUGGAGAAGGUCCUGCGGCAACCGAGAAGUUGGGAUGCUGGGGAGCAACAAGUGUAAAUAGAACGUAGAGUUUUAAGAGUCGUGGAUCGAGGUGCGAGAACAGUUUGUCGAACUUCAAAGUGGCGUCGCUGUCUCGCCCAACUGUCUUAACCCCCAAACCCUCCUCCAGCUUCCAACAUUCCACUAGCUUAAUUGAUAAUCAACUGCAGCAACAACGAAAUGGAAAAAUCCAAAACGAAAAACACGAAAUACGCAAUCCGCAAUCCGCAAUCCGAACAGGCGCUGCUAGUUUCGUAUUUUUUUUUCAGUUCGCGUGCCUAACUUUUGUAGAGUCUGAAUGAGAAUUAUGCUAAUUGCAAGCCGUAAUGCUUAAGACAUAUUUAUUCUAGUUCUAAGCCUAUUUAUACAACUAUUUAUUUAUUUAUGAGACGAAACGGCAGCAGUUUCAGUUUGAUUCAACUAAAAAAAUUGUUAUUUUCGUAGGCAAAUUGUUGUUAUGUUCAAAAUGAAUGAGAAAGUGAGCAAAUGUUUUUAGUUCAAUUGAAUUUACUAAUUUAUCGAUUUAUACCACUAAUCUUUUUCUUAAUUACGUUUUAUGUUAAUUGUUAAGCCAACGACAAAUCGAAGCGAAAAGAGAUCGAAUUCAAAUAAACGACAUAAAUUGUAGAAUAAAUAAAAAUAUAUAU